AUGGAUCAGGGAAUAAUUGCUAUCUUCAAGCGUUACUAUAUGAAGCGUACGCUGCGGCAAGCAAGAAAUGCAACAGAUCUUGAUGAGUCCAUCACACUUCGUGACUGUUGGAAGAAAUACGAUGUCAACAAGGCUGUGCAGAACAUAGCGGUGGCAUGGAAUGAUGUACAGAGAACGGCUAUGAAUGGUGUAUGGAAGAAGCUAUGCCCACAAUUCAUGAAUGAUUUUAAGGGGUUUGAUAAUGUUGCCAUCAACAAAACAUUGGUGACAACGAGCAAAGAACUAGAAAUGGAUUUGGAAGUGGGGGAUUUCACAGAUUUAUUUGAAAAAUACAAGCAGCCCAUAACGAACGAGUAUUUUAUAGAGUUUCAUGUGCAGCAAAAUAAAGAAGUCGAACCUGAGCCACGUCAGUUUACCAUUAAGAAAAUGCAGCAAGCAUUUGCAUAUAUCGAAAAAGGUCUUUCUAUGUUCGAAGAUAUGGAUCCAAAUGCUCAACGCUUUUCUAAGAUUGUGGGGGCUUGUCAUGAAGCUUUUACUCCUUAUAAUGUAAUCCUUGAGGAAAAGAAAACAGUUCAAGGAACUCUGAACCGGUUUUUUAAGCGCAUCGAACGAGAACAGCCGGAGUCAGCUGUUGAUGUUGACGAUCCACAGCCAUCUCCAUCCGCGAUGUAA